GGAGGCAGAGGAAGAAAAAACAGCCCAGGAGUGAGCAGAGCUUUGGCAGUCAGUCUGAGCUUAGCGAAGAAUUCUCUUCAGAAACCAGAGGGAACAGAACCGUUCCCGCUAAGUAAAAUUAAACUCAAGAUGCAGCAGUGAUCCGAAAACGAAGAAAUGUGAAUUCUCCUCCAGGACAAAGAUCUGUGGAUGAAGUUUUUGAAGACUUCUGCUUUAACUUCCCUCAACUUCCACAUUUACUUCCUUUGCAUCCUUUAGAAAAACAAACAAGUCAAAAUGAGGAAGAGACACUUCGGAGUGGGUCAGCAAAUGUGGGCUCUUCUCUGCAAGAACUGGCUCAAGAAGUGCAGGAUGAGAAGAGAGACAUUGAUGGAAUGGUUUUUCUCAUUUCUUCUAAUAUUGCUUGCGUACCGAUUAUCCUCCAAUUUACAUCAAGUUCAUGAUGCUCCUCAAAUUCCUGAAAUGGAUCUGGGACGUGUUGAUAGUUUUAAUGAUUCUAAUUAUAUGAUUGCAUUUGCCCCUGAGUCUGAAACUAUCUAUAAGAUAAUGUACAAAGUGGCAUCAUCUCCAUUCAUGAAAGGAAGAAGAAUCGUGGCAUGUCCUGAUGAAAAAUGUAUGAACGAACUAGACUUGAAUUACUCAAUAGAUGCGGUGAGAGUCAUCUUUAAGGACACAUUCUCAUAUCAUUUAAAAUUUUCUUGGGGUCAGAGGAUCCCUCAAGUAAAAGAACACAAAGACCAUUCAGCUCCUUGUGAAACAGUGAACAACAAAAUAACUUGUAAAAAUUCAAUCUUCUGGGAGAAAGGCUUUGUGGCCUUUCAAGCUGCCAUUAAUGCUGGCAUCAUAGAGAUCACAACAAAUCAUUCAGUGAUGGAAGAACUCAUGUCAGUUAUUGGUUCAAAUAUGAAGAUACUACCUUUUAUUGGCCAAGGAGGAGUUACAACGGAUUUUUUAAUUUUCUUCUGUGUUAUCUCCUUUUCUUCAUUUAUAUACUAUUUAUCAAUCAACAUUACUCAAGAAAGGCAAUACAUUACAGCAUUGAUGGCAAUGAUGGGACUUCGGGAGUCUGCCUUCUGGCUUUCCUGGGGUUUGAUGUAUGCUGGCUUUAUCCUUGUCGUGGCUACUUUGAUGUCUCUUAUUGUGAAAUCUGCCCAAGUUGUCGUCUUAACUGGUUUCAUGGUGGUGUUCCUUCUUUUUCUCCUUUAUGGCCUGUCUUUGAUAACUUUAGCUUUCCUCAUGAGUGUGUUGUUAAAGAAACCUUUUCUCACUGGUUUGGCCGUCUUUCUCCUUACCAUCUUUUGGGGAAGUCUGGGAUUCACAGCAUUGUACAAACAUCUUCCUGCCUUUAUGGAAUGGAGCUUGUGUUUCCUUAGCCCCUUUGCCUUCACGACUGGAAUGGCCCAGCUUAUACAUUUGGACUACGAUGUGAAUUCUCAUGUUAAUUUGGACUCUCCAAACAACUCAUACCUGAUCAUAGCCAUCCUUUUUAUGUUGGUUUUGGAUGCUUUUCUCUAUUUGGUACUGGCAUUGUAUUUUGACAAAAUUUUACUCAGCAAGAAUGGACAUCAACGGUCUCCAUUGUUUUUCCUGAAGUCAUCUUAUUGGCUUCAACACAGAGGAGCUAAUCAUGUGGUCCUUGAGAAUGAAAUAGAUUCUGAACCUUCACUGGAUGACUCAUUUGAACCAGUGCCUCCAGAAUUCCAGGGAAAAGAAGCCAUCAGGAUCAAAAAUCUUAAAAAGGAAUAUACAGGAAAGCAUGGAAAAGUAGAAGCUUUAAGAGGUCUGGGAUUUGACAUAUAUGAAGGCCAGAUCACUGCCCUCCUUGGCCAUAGUGGAGCUGGGAAAACCACACUGAUAAAUACACUCUGCGGACUGUCACCCCCAACUACAGGUUCCGUCACCAUCUAUAAUCAGACACUUUCAGAAAUGGAUGACUUGGAUGCUGUCACCAAGCUCACUGGAGUUUGUCCACAGUCCAACAUACAAUUUGGUUUUCUCACCGUGAGAGAAAAUCUCAGGCUUUUUGCUAAAAUAAAGGGAAUUCUGCCACAUGAGGUGGAGCAAGAGAUCCACCGAGUUUUACGGGACUUAGAAAUGGAAAAUAUUCAAGACAUUCUUGCUCAGAAUUUAAGUGGUGGACAGAAAAGGAAACUGACUUUUGGGAUUGCCAUUUUAGGAGACCCUCAGGUUUUGCUACUCGAUGAGCCAACUGCUGGAUUGGAUCCACUCUCAAGGCAUCGUAUAUGGAACCUACUGAAAGAGAGGAAACUAGACAGAGUGAUUGUCUUCAGUACCCAGUUCAUGGAUGAGGCCGAUAUCCUGGCUGACAGGAAGGUGUUUAUAUCCAGUGGGAGACUGAGGUGUGCAGGCUCUUCUCUGUUCCUGAAGAAGAAAUGGGGCAUUGGCUAUCAUCUAAGUUUGCAUCUGAAUGACAUAUGUGAGCCAGAGAGUAUAACAUCACUGGUCAAAAAGCACAUCCCUGAUGCCAGACUGACUGCACAAAGUGAAGAAAGACUUGUCUAUAUCCUGCCCCUGGAAAGGACAAACAAAUUUCCAGACCUUUACCGGGAUCUUGAUAGGUGUUCUAACCAAGGCAUUGAGAAUUAUGGUGUUUCCAUGACAACUCUGAAUGAAGUGUUCCUGAAAUUAGAAGGGAAGUCAAUGGUUGAUGAAUCAGAUGUUGGAAUCUGUGGGCACUUACAAAGUGGAGGGGCAAAAGACAUGGGAAGCCUUGUUGAGCUGGAGCGAGUCGUGUCCUCCCUAGAGUCAUCAGGAAACACAAUCAGUGGCAUGGCACUGUGGAGGCAGCAGCUCUGUGCAGUUGCCAAGGUUCGAUUCCUCAAGCUCAAGAAUGAAAGAAAAAGCCUAAUGACCAUGUUAUUGCUGUUUGGUAUUAGCUUUCUUCCUCAACUUUUGGAACAUCUGUUCUAUGAGCUAUACCAUGAAAGUUACUCAUGGGGAUUGUCUCCAAGUAUGUAUUUCCUUUCUCCAGGACAGCCUCCACAGGAUCCUCUGACCCACCUACUGGUCAUCAAUAGAACAGGUUCAAGAAUUGAUAACUUUGUACAUUCACUAAGACAGCAGAACAUAGCAUUAGACAUAGAUGUCCUGGGAACCAGAAAUGGCACAGAAGAGGCACUAUACAAUGGUGCUAUUACUGUGUUGGGUGAUGGAAAGGAUCUCAGGUUUUCAAUAGCAUGUAACACCAAAAGACUAAACUGCUUUCCUGUCCUCAUGGAUAUUAUUAGCAAUGGGCUGCUUGGAAUCUUUAAUUCUUCAGGACGAAUUCAGACUGACAGAAGCACAUUUUUUGAAGAGCAUAUGUUUUAUGAGCAUGGAUACAUGAGCAACGCAUUCUUCUGGAUACCAUUGGCUGCCAGUCUCACUCCUUACAUCGCAAUGAGCAGCAUCAAUGACCACAAAAAAAAAAUCCUUUCCCAGCUGUGGACCUCAGGCCUAUACCCUUCUGCUUACUGGUGUGGACAGGCUCUGGUGGACAUUCCCCUGUACUUUUUGAUUCUCCUUCUCAUGCAAAUAAUGGACUGUGUUUUUAGUCAGGAAGAGAUUAUAUUUAUAAUUGAAAACCUGUUAAUCCAGAUCCUGUGUAGUAUUGGAUAUGCAUCAUCUCUUGUUUUCUUGACAUACGUAAUUUCAUUCAUUUUUCGUAAUGGCAGAAAAAAUAGUGGUAUUUGGUCAUUUUUCUUCUUAAUUGUCACCAUCUUCUGCAUCGUUGCUACUGACAUAAAUGAGUAUGGGUUUCUAGCGCUCCUAUUCUGCACCUUUUUAAUACCGCCCUUCACGCUGAUUGGCUCUCUACUAAUUUUUUCUGAGGUUUCUUAUGACUCUGUGGAUUACUUAGGAGCCUCAGAAUCUCAAGUCCUGUUUCUGGCGUUGCUAAUACCUUACUUCCAUUUCCUCCUUUUCUUUUUUGUUCUGCGAUGUCUGGAAAGGUACCUCAGGAAGAAAUCACUGAGAAUGGACCCUGUGUUCAGAAUUUCUCCAAGAAGUUGUAAUGCUUUUCCAAACCCAGAAGAACCCGGAGAAGAGGAUGAAGAUGUUCAGAUGGAAAGAAUGAGAACAGCAGGUGCUGUGACUGCCCUACAGAUGGAAGAGGUGGAGCUCAUAAAAAGGCCAGUCAUCAUUGCUAGCUGUCUUCGGAAGGAAUACACAAGCAAAAAGAAAAAAUGCUUUUCCAAAGCAAAGAAAAAGGUUGCCACAAGGAACGUCUCCUUCUGUGUUAAAAAAGGUGAAGUUCUGGGACUUUUAGGACACAAUGGAGCUGGCAAAAGUACAACAAUUAGUAUGAUAACCGGAGACACAAAACCAACUGCAGGGAAGGUAUUUUUGAAAGGAUGUGGUGAAGGUGCUGCCCUUGGGUUCUUGGGGUACUGUCCUCAGGAGAAUGUGCUGUGGCCCGUCCUGACAGUGAAGGAACAUCUAGAGCUGUAUGCUGCUGUGAAGGGGCUGAAGAAAAAAGAUGCCUUGGACACUAUUACACGGUUGGUGGAUGCACUCAACCUGCAGGACCAGUUGAAGGCUCCAGUAAAGACCCUAUCGGAGGGAGUGAAGAGAAAGCUGUGUUUCGGGCUGAGCAUCCUGGGAAACCCGUCUGUGGUGCUUCUAGAUGAGCCGUCAACUGGGAUGGACCCUGAGGGGCAGCAGCAGAUGUGGCAGGCGAUCCGGGCCACCUUUACAAACACAGAGAGGGGCGCCCUCCUGACCACUCAUUACAUGGCAGAGGCAGAGGCUGUGUGUGACCGCGUGGCCAUCAUGGUGUCUGGGAGGCUGAGAUGUAUUGGUUCUAUCCAACAUCUGAAAAGCAAAUUUGGCAAAGAUUACCUGCUGGAGAUGAAGGUGAAGACCCUUGCGCAGGUGGAGCCCAUCAACACGGAGAUCAUGAGGCUUUUCCCCCAGGCUGCUCGGCAGGAAAGAUACUCCUCUCUGAUGGUCUACAAGUUGCCUGUUGAGGAUGUACGGCCUUUAUCACAGGCUUUCUUCAAACUGGAGAGACUGAAAGAGAACUUUGACUUGGAAGAAUACAGCCUCUCACAGUCCACUCUGGAGCAGGUCUUCCUGGAGCUCUCCAAGGAACAGGAGCUGGAUGAUUUUGAUGAGGAACUAGAUUCCUCAGUGAAGUGGAAGCUCCUCCCACAGGAAGAGCUUUAAAGUUCAAAAUGUUCUGUUUAUCUUCAAGCUCACGUCCCUUUUAAAGACAGUAUUCAAUAUCAUUUAUGUGUCUUAGUUAUCUAAGAUGUGGCGCCAAGUAUUUUUGAAACUCAUGUUAGAAUUUUUCUGAAUAAUAUUUCUGACAGUGGUGGCCAAAGUGAGAACAGGCUAGAAUGUGUAGCCAGGUCACAUUUUACAACCAAGUCACAUUUCACAUGGUAUAGAGUUUUAAAACCCAUUUAUAAUAGUAUUGAUGUUUCUGAGUAAGCUGCAGCGACUGAUUGAUUUUCCUCCCUCCCCUGAACUUCAAAAUAUUAACUAUUUUCUUUCCUUAUUGACUAGGUAAGAUAUAAUUUAAACAAUGUUGAUUUCAGGGAGAAGGGAAUCAGCUGAUUUCCCAACAGAACACUAUUUGUUUUUUGUAACUCACUUUGACCUGUUCGUCGUUCCUUGGUUCUUCUUUACUGAACAGUCUGCAGACUUUGGGUUACAGAGAAAUGUGUUGUCUCCUGUGACAACACAAGUAACUUUAAUUGUGGGAGUCUAUUGCAGUCGUUAACGACUGAGUGCAUAUUUACAUGCCAAUUUGAACCAUUUCUGAAACGUUGAUUUUUUAAAUGAUGUAAAUGUGUACUCUUAGAUAAAAGGACUAGCUUUGCAAGUCUUUAUUUACCAAGUCUGUAUAUGCUGAAACCUAUCUACUGCAACAUCAUUACAAUUGCCACCAACUCUUAUCUAUGAGAUUUUUUGUUGUUACUAUUAUUUUUACUAGUUAACCAAACAUAUACAGGCAGUUAUGUGAAAAAAUUUACCUUGAUUCUAGAGUUGUAUGUAGUGUAUGUGAAUACCAAUUGCCCUCAGUGUAUGAGAAUUCUCACACGAGAUCUUGAGCAAAGGCUCCAGGCCUUUAAUUAAAAAAAAAAAGACAUUAAUACUGGCCCUAUUGAUUUACCUGGCCUUAUAAAUGACAAAGCAACUGAUACAAGUCAGUACAUUAAAAGCACUUUACUUGGGGCCAGAAAAAUGGCUCAGCACUGAAGGCUGAUGACUUUUCAAGCCUGAUGACCAGAGUUGGAUCCUGGCGGCCCCAAAUCGUGGAAGGAGAGAACCAUCCCUCAAGUUGUUUUCUGACCUACACACACACACACACACACACUUCUACACACAUGCACUCAGAACAAACAAAAAUGAAAUAAAAAUACAAUGGGUUUCAUUGUGGUGUUUUCAUAUGUAUUUUGCUUUUGUUGAUCCUUCUCAAUCCCUCCCCUCCCUCACCCCUGCACUACUCCUGAUGGUCAUCUUCCUCACCCACUAGCCUUCCUCUAUUUUUAUGGAGCAUGCAUUCCAAACUCUUCUUUAACUGUGCUUGCUAGUGUCUUUCAGCUUGACACAGACUAGAAUUACUUGGAACAAAGCCACCUCAGCUGAAGAAUUGUUGGCAUGUCUGUGAGGCAUUUUCUUUACAUUUUAUUUUUAUCUUAGUUGCAUGUCUAUCUGUGCAUCACAUGUAUGCAAUGCCAAUAGAGACCAGAGGAGGGCAUCAGACCACCAAAGACUGGAAUUACAUACAGAUGAUAGUUGCUGUGUGCUGGAAAUUGAACCCAAGUCCUCUGGCAGAGCAGCCAGUGCUUUUAGGACUGAGAUGUCUCUCCAGCCCCCAGACAUUUUCUUGAUUAUCAAGUGAUAGAAGCCUCUCCAGCCUACUCUUGAUGACACCAUCUUUAGGCAAGUGAGCCUGGGAUGGGUAAGGAAGGAAGCUGAGCAAACCAGGGCAAGCCAGUAAGCAGCAUUCCUCCAUGAUCUCUGCUUCAGUUCCUGACUCUAGGUUCCUAUCUUGAGUCCUUGCCUUACCAGAAAGACAGACUGUAACCUGUAAGCUAAAAUCAAAGCCUUCCCUUCAAGUGACUUUUGCUCAUGGUGUUUGUUAUAAUAACAAAAGCAACUAGGAUUCCAAUCCUGAGUCCCUCUUUUCCUCUUUCAUGAGCCUCUUUUUAAUUUAAUAAUCUGUUUUCUGUGUGUGUGUGUGUGUAUACACACACACACACACACACACACACACACACACACACACGAAUCUAGGGUCUACAUACAAGCAUAAAUAAGGGGCAUUUCUCCCAGUCUGGGAUACUUCAAAUAACAUAGUAUUAAUUCCACCUUUUUUUUUUUUUUUUAACAAAUGUCAUGCUUUUAGUUUUCUUUACAAAUGAAUAAAAUUCCACCAUUUGCAUGUACCACAUUUUCCUUACCCAUUCAUCUGUUGUUAGAGCACUAGGCUCUUAGUUAUUGGGAAUGGUGCAGCAGUAAAUAUAGAUAUGCAAAUAUUUCCAUGGAGAGACUUCCAAUCCUUUGAGCACAUCCCCAGGCAAGCACUUUACCUGCCAUAAACCAAAAGCCCGAGCAGUGCAAUUAUCCUCUUGUUACACUGCCUGCCUCUAUCGGGCCUUUCAGACUCUCUUCAUUUGCCCUAUGAGCAUCCUUGUAGUAAAGCACGCUAAUGAGAAUGUGUUGGUGGACUACAUUAUGGGAGCCAACCAAGAAAUGUUUAGUAUCCUGACAGUACCUUCUCCAGGAUAAGAAAGAAGGUAAAACUGAGAAUAUCUCAAGAAGACUUAGAGCUAAGAGUUCUAUAAAAGAAAACAAUACUACAACCUUGAGCCACAUAGAAUUUCAGAACUGUGUUCAUUUCAAAAGCACAAUACAGCAAUGGCAACACCACUAACAUUUAGGUGACUAAGAAUGCAUACUCUGUGGUCAUUUCUGUGAACAAAUGGAUGGUUUUAGAAAAUGCUCCUAACAAUAUUGCAGUACAUUGUUUUUUAUUUGCAAUUGGCACUGUAGAAUGCAGGUUUCCAAAAAGGCCCACAGCUCCCCCUGAGAAGUAAAUGGUUGUUGAGGGAGGAAGCAUCAUUUUUCCUCAGUGGUACAGCCGCUGAAAAGCUGUUGGGAAGUUGGGAAGGAAGGUUUCAGUGAGAGAGGAUGGGCACAGAUGAGAGGGAAAUAGGAGCCACAAACCACUUAAAGUCAUUAUAUAAAGACAUGAAGCUGUCAAUGAUAAAAUUCAAUAACUUAAGUAAAUGUUAAGAUGGCCCACGAAAGAUGUCUUCUAAUCUCUAGAGACCAAGACUGAGUAAACAGAUUACUCUUUCCUAUCUGUUACAUUGCAUGACACACUUGGUAUUAAUAUCAUCUGUGUGGGGACAGAUAAUCUAAUCACCUGACUCCAGAGCUUUUUCCUUCCAGUGAAGGAGGAAGUUGCAGAGGUUCAGAGCAGGAGAACCAUGAUGUUUUUGAAACUUAUGGGGUCAUGAGACAAGGAUGUAGAUAUCCUACAGUGGAGUAGUUGAGAGGAGCGAUAAAGAAGAAAGCUGAACUUCUACAAACUGCCUUGUAAUAUCAAAAUAAUUGAAAUUUUAGGAUUGUUUAUUAUAACAAUUACUUAGGAUUACAUUGACCAAAGUAGUAAUUCAAGCCAGAGAAAGCCUAUGUUACAAACCUGAAUUAUGUGUUUCUCAUCCAGGGCAUUGAUAAACUGUUGAAACCUUUGAACUAAGCCACAUUCUCUGUCAAGCCAAAAGUUUGACAAUCUUACCAUCUUCAUACAAAACAAAACAAAACAAAAAACAAACAAACCACAUGCAAACAAGCAAACAAAUAAAACAAAACAAAAAUCUGGUAGAUUUUCUUCAUGGGGGAGUUUUGGGUACUCACUCUCAGAACACUGAGCCAAUCUACAACAACAACAACAACAACAACAUCAAAACUGUUUUAGAACAAAUUAGUGAAUUAGUAUAAAAUGGUCAGUAUGAAAUCAUGUAGUGCAGAUGUCACAAUAACAUCUUAUUUUGUAGUUCCUGGCUCUUUGUAUGUUUAUGAGACAGCAGAGGUCCCAGUGGUGUGUUGCACAGUAAUCUGUAAAUCAUUCCUGUGGGGGCUGGGGGACUCGACAAAGCAGAGCUAACUCAGGAAAACCUUUGACAAAGCAAAUGUGGCAGACUUCUGGACAUGAAGACUCUUUUCAAGGAGGACAGUAGCAAUUAUAGAAGAAAAGGCUGUUUCUUUGAGUGCCUUAACUGGGAAACUUAAAACCAGAAUACAAACAUAGACAUCAGUUCUUACUGAGCAAAAAUCCCUUCCAAGAGCUUGUGAGUUUUUCAAUCAGCAGUGCAGAAAUAAACUCAGAAUUCCAAGUAGAUAAAGACCUCAGAGAUUCAAAUGCAUUUGCUUGUUUUAUAAGUUAAAAUCUGGUAGGAUUCAUUAUGUAAUCAUAGAGACUAUUAUCUGAAGUUACAAGUAAUUUUGUAGACUUGUAUUUCGAAAGUGCACUGAUUCACAGAAACUAAUUUUCAUUAUUUCCAGCUAUGUAAGUAAGAUAGAAUUUUCUAAGUAUUGGCUGGACAGUGGCUUAUGCUUCCUUCCUUACUAAUAACUCUGCAUUAAAAUACGGCUUGUUUUACCAAGAUGAAAGGCCCUUUUCUGGUUGUCUUAGUUUAGAUUUUCAUAUCCUACGUAUAGCUCGAUGUUUUUCUGAGCCAUAUUUCCCAAGCCUCAUUAUGAGCACAUUUCAGAGGUGGAGCCUAUUGGCUGAUGCCGAUAAGACCAGGAACUGAUGAAGUAGAUAGGAUGGAAGAUGUGACGGACACAGAAAGAAAAACAAAAUCAAGAUAUUGAUUUCUGUGCUGUUCAAAACCUGAUUAGAUUAUCUGACUGAACACCAGAAAAUGAGUUCAGAACUCUGAGCUCUUUAUGUUUCACCUUUUAAAAGACAAUAUUUUGUUCUUUGAAAUCUGACAAUUUCUUUUUUGAGGGGCAUAGAUAAGUUACAAAUUUGGACUCCUUCUGCAACACACAUUUUUCAAGCCAUUAUAGUUAGUCAAAUAAGCAGGGCUGGCAGUUCUCUGCUGCGGGAACUGGCUGGAAGUCAAUAAAAGGAGAUUUGUUCCAGGGUGGUCACGUGAACACAAUGCUCAGCAGGGCAAGAAAAUGACAACCACGAUCUUCCUCUAAAAGCAGUCAUUCUGACUGGGAAUACUCAAGACAGGCAAAUGGAAUGAGCACAAUACAGACAUGAUAGAGACCGGGAAGAAAUAGAAACCAUUUUCUUGAAGCAAGGAAAUACAGGGGCAAAUUAACUUUCUAGAAUAUUUUCUUCAGACAUUCCAAAAACCAAAAUGGUUAACAGAGAGAUAAAUGUGUGCCAACAAACAUGGGCCUUACUGUGCAAGAAUCUGCUUAGAAAAUGGAGAAUGAAAAGAGACACUUUUUGGGUACCCUUGAUGGACACCUAUCAAGUCAGAACAGUAUUCUGAGGAAUUCCUGUACACAUCAAUUUCACUGUUUAGCUUAUCUAUAUUUCCUGAAAUCCAUAAUAUUUAUGAUUUUUCAUCUCUGUCUAAUGUGGACCUGGGACGUAUUGACUCGUUUAAUGACUCCACCUUUUUGAUUGCGUACACACCUGUCACUGAAACAACUCAGAGGAUAAUGAAUAGAGUCUCUUUGGCCUCCUACAUGACAGG